CUGCGUAAAAUACGAUGCUGCUAUGAUACAAAUCUGUGACACGCGUAGACGCCAGUACUGGAGGCCGACGAUAUCACAAACUUUUGUUGUAAGUCAUAGACUAUGACGUCAGUAAUAAACCAUGACGUCAGUCAUAGACCAUGACGUCAGUCAUAGACAUGCAACAAAGAAAUUUAUAAAAUGUAUAUCUACGUUGCCUUUUCGCAUUAACAUUAAGUUGUUAAUGGCAUUAAACGAUAAUAAUUCGAAGUAAUUAAAAUAGCAUAGAUAGACUAUUACUACGUUUACACGAGCGCUACUUCUGUAGUAACUUACUCGAAUUAUAGUAACUUACCCCGUUUACACGCAGAGAAUUAUCGUAAGUUACUAUAAUUCGAGUAAGUUACUACAGAAGUAGCGAUCGUGUAAACAUAGUAUAUGACGUCAGUAAUAGAACCAUGACGUCAGUGGCCUAGUUUACACCCAGCCGUCCAAUCCCGAUUCACUUCGGAGUAAAGUGACAUUUUCUGGGUGUAAACACUGACCUAGUUUACACCCAGCCGAAAUGGAACUGAUAGUGAAUUCGGUCGGUUUGCACUCGUGUUGCACUAAACUAUACGAGUGCAGCACUAGGCCGAAUCCACAUUGCACUGAAUUGUACGAGUGCAAUACUAGAUCCAGUCCACAUUGCAUUUAACUGUACGAGUGUAACAGAAUUCUAGCCGACACUCCUAACCUUUCUGUGCAACAUCAAAUUCAUAAUUCUAUACUAUUCGUAACACUAUUAAACAUUUAGCCAUUACGAACGAACGAAGGAACUGUUCAACAAGUAAACAUAAACAGAAACGGUGGAAAUAAUAUCAACAUGAGUAUAAUUUUCAAAAGAAUUAUAUUAGACAACAACACAGUAAUGGAGAACGAAACUCACAUUUUAUGUGAAGUAGAGAAUGAAGCAGGUGAUUUAAACAUAAUUAUGAUGGAUAAAAAAAAACUGUCUGAAGCUGGACAUGAAAUUUCUGAUAACACUAUUUUCACAGAAGAAUCUUCAAGUUUUGAUGAAAAUGAUGAGUUACAUGCAAAUACUAAAAAUGACGAGUGGUCAGAUGAAACCACUAGAUUUAUACUGGAUAAGUAUGCUGAUUAUUUGGAAUUAGUCGGCCCAAUGAAAAAAUUUAAAAACAAAAAGGUAAUGUGGAUGCAAAUCGCGAAAGAUAUGGAAACAGUUUUAGGCAUACAAAAAACAUAUAUCCAAUGUGAAAAUCGGUAUAAAACAGUCCUUCGAAGAAAACGUAUUUGUGAUAAAAAUAAUGCGACUUCCGGAUCGAAGAGGGCUAAAAUAAAUUUUGAAAAUGAAUUAAAACAGAUUGCUACCAAAGAUGACAGUAUAGAGCCAGAAGUAUUACAAAGCGCAAAUAAAGUUGUACUUAAUGUUAAAAACACUAAUGUGUCUGAAUCAUCUAAUACAUUAAAAAAUAAAAAAGCUAAAUGUAACUUACUUCAAACUCUUAUUGAGAUUCAUAAGGAAAAGAAUCUAAAAAGCAAGAACGACAUGAAGAGAAAAUGAGAUUGUUAAGAAGCUUUCUUGAAAAAGAGAAUAAGGAUACUUCAGACGUGUGUAAGUUCUAAAGCAUAUUUUUUCUAUUUUUUCUAUAUAGCAUAUUUCGAAUCUUCUAUGUUAUUUCUAAACAUGCAUAAAACAGUACAAGUAAUAUAUAAUUUAGAAAGAUAUUUGUGUUUAAAAUAAGAGAAACGUGAUAAGACUUAAUCUUUUUUUCUUUACUUUGAUAUUAAAUAAAAAUUGUACUGUAAUUUUGUUUAUUCUUAAGAUAAAAAUAUUAAGUUUUUGUUUAGGUAGUGUACCAAAAACUAUGUGAAAAUAUUAAAGUAUAACGAAUCUAUGUAUUUAAUAUAAGUUGCGCGCAUGAUUCAUAUUAUAUUACUUGCAAUAUUGUUACAUCUUAAUAUUUUUUGACAAAUAUUCUUGUUAGACAUAUAUUUUAAUAUUUAUAUGAUACUAUGUCGCAUUGAUAAAGUUUUUUGUUACUAUUUAAGGAUAUACUUUGCAAUAAAAAUAUAUGAAACUA